UUCAAUAAAUUAAACAAUGCCAGCCGAAGAAACAAUCAAUUCCACUCAAAACAAAACGCGGACGAAGACUACGCGUCCCAAGGCCGUUUACCAGUGGACAGUAAGCGACGUGCUGAAAUGGUAUCGUCGCCACUGUGGCGAAUACUCGCAAUACGACCAGCUAUUCGUCCAGCACGACAUCACUGGGCGAGCUCUGCUACGCAUUACGGACACCUCGCUGCAGCGCAUGGGUGUGACGGACAAUCGGGAUCGUGAGGCCAUUUGGCGCGAGAUUGUCAAGCAGCGCCUCAAAACAGAUAUAAUGGAGAUCCGCGAUAUGGAACGUCUCAACAUACGCUAGGACACCUGAAGUAGCAGAUCCUGGCGUUCGAAUCAGUAUUUAGUUCAAGCUUUAUUAUAUAGAAGUCUUAUUGUUAGAAUAAACUACAUUUAAGAUGA